CCGGUUCUCCUGUCGGUCGCUCCGGUCAGAAAUCCUCCUCACCUGCUUCACCUGAGAGCCGCACACACCUGAGCAGCUGCUGGAGACUCACCGGGAGCUUCAGAGACCUAAUGGACAAACUAAAGAGAGUACUGAGCGGACAGGAUGACGGUAACACCGAGGAACCGGGGAUAAUGGAGAGAGCCAAUCAGGCGUCGACGCUGGCGUGGGGGACGAGGAUGAAGGGCUUCAUCAUCUGCUUCGUUCUGGGCGUCUUCUGCUCCGUCCUGGGUACGUGUCUGCUGUGGCUCCCCGGCGUCGGCCUCGCUGUGUUCGCUGUCUUCUACAGUGUGGGAAACGUCUGCGCUCUGGGAAGCACCAUGUUCCUGGUCGGCCCGCUGCGGCAGGUGAAGACGAUGUGCGCUAAAGAGAGAGCGAUCGCCACCGUCAUCAUGAUGGUCUGUCUGGUGUUGACGCUCUGUGCUGCUUUCUGGUGGAAGAAUAACGGCCUCGCUCUGCUGUUCUGUAUCCUUCAGUUCCUGGCGUUCACCUGGUACGGACUCUCAUACAUCCCAUUCGCCAGGGACGCUGUCAUCAAAAUGUUUUCCAUGUGUAUCUAAGCCCCGCCCCUUCCCCCACCUGACCCCGCCCCCUUCCUACUGAGCGACCAAUCAGAGAG